AUGAAUCACCCAGUGGAUCUGCUGACUCUUGACUGGGCUAAUCCGCUUGUGCGCAAGUUUAUGAAUGUUUACCCUGAGAAAGCCAGCACUGUCAGCGAACCAUGGCAAGCUGUGAAAUAUACCAAAGAGCUAGACUAUUGUGAUCUCUCACCGAUGUGGGCCGACUUCGAAAAUCCUUCAAAAUUGUCGAAGCAUUUCUAUGUCAACGAGCUAGCCCAUGGGACAAACAGUGAAUUUUUGAUACCCUUGCGAUUCUUGAUCAUGAAGGGAGAAGUCUACGCAGAGAUACGAAAGGUUCAUCCUUAUAUUCACCCGUAUGUCCAACUUGAUUCCAUCGUUGUAACUGUCUUAUUGCGGAGAUGGGCUGACCUGGAGAGGCCGCUGCUAGAACCUGUGACCAUGCCGCAUCCUGUGCGUGUUCUUGCUGAUGGAAGGCCUGCGUUCGUCCUUCGGAUUAUGGCGUGGUCAGAUGAUGUCUCCGGAAACACAAGCAAGCAGUAUAAUGCUCACAUGAACCUCUAUGCGGCGAAUAUCUGCCUUCCGCACAGGAAACUCUGCCAGGAGUACUUCGUGCGGUUCUGUGCAACAUCUCAACAAGCGUCAUCACCAGAAUUGUUUGAUGCUGUCUCAAGUGAUUGUAAACCUGAUGCUUGGCGAGAAGCCUACGACUGUCAGCUCGGGACGGAGAUAAUUUUCCGGAUUCAGAUCCACCUCCUACCAGCCGACAAUCCCCAGCAAGCUGAAUCCACAUCAACGGCUGGAUCAAAUGCAACAUUAUGGUGCCGAAGUGACCUGAGUGGUGGAAGCGCAGAAGAAAGAGAGACAGAUGAAGGAUACGAGGCCUUGUUUUCGCCAGGCGUACCGAGAACCCCAGACAGUACCAUAAAUACCAUCAGACGGCAAUUGCGUGCUGCGUGCACUGGUGUCGAAACUGCUGUCACCAAGAUUCAGACAGAGACGGGAGUCAAGGAUCGUAUCGCUCAGUUUUGGAUCCACCAGCUCAUCCCCAAAUCCCGUCAGUUACAAGAAGAUCGACUUUACAACGCUGUGACCAGAGAUCCUCACCUCAACGACAGGAAGUUCAAAGGGCCCGAGCGUGAUGCAUUCAAAGCAAAGAUCCAGGCCGACAUCGAGGCUGAGCUGUUUCAAUGGCUUGUCGAGCAGCCAGCAACUGAUACAUUUUGUGAAGGCGUGAAUCCGCAUCAAGACACACCCGGCGAAAUCCUCCACACAGAACUCCUCGGCAACGACAAGUACAUUUGGCAUGCAACAACAAAGACUUGGGACAAGCGCAAGGAUGACGUCUUUGCGAUUCGGCUCCAGUCUUCCUCGAUCGAUGGUCUCAGUGUGCCGCCCAUUCGCGCUUCCUACAUGCUCCAAUAUAAGAAUUCGCUCAUCGGCAAACAUUUCAAGACAUUGCAACAAGUAGGAGCAUUUCACUUACGAGAUGAUUUUUGCUCGAAGCCGCUUUUUGAGCUAUGGAAGGCAAAUGGGUUGCUUGGUGCAAUGCUGUGGUAUCCCGAGAUCAGGAACAUGGACACGUAUUUGGCGGACCUCAAGAUCCUUAUUGCCAAUGUGCUCGACCUGUGGGCUCAAGUCGAUCCCAGCCGAAUCAUUCUGAAAUAUAAACUCCAUGUCUUGUCUCAUCUCCCCGAUGAUAUCCGCCGCUUCGGCCCAGCGGUUUUAUUCUCGACGGAGGUUUUCGAAUGCUGGAAUGCCGUAUUCCGCCUCUGCAGCAUUCUCUCCAACCACCAAGCGCCGAGCCAUGACAUUGCAUCGACAAUCGCGGACAUGGAGCGUUUCAAGCAUGUGGUGAGCGGCGGCUGGUGGAAACAUGACAAUGGGUCAUACGGUCAAGCCGGAAACCGAGUGCGGAGCUUCUUGAUUGCAAACCGAGAGCUUCAGCGCCGCCUUGGCUGGGUCGACGACGAUCUCUUGAAACCAGGCACUGUACGGCUUCACGCUUGCGCAAAGCAACAUCGCGCGCAGUGGCGUGAGGCAAUCGCCGACGUUAAUAACCUUUUGCACGAAACACCACCAUCUACCAAGGAUCAAUGGAGUCGUUGCAGGUUUAUCAUAGCGCGCAACGGAGACGUGUGCAUGGAGGGGUCUUGGGUCUUUUGCAACUCACGCUCGCCCUCCCUUCUCGUUGGCCGAGUGGUCCGAAUUCUCACUUCUGACUCGGGCACGAAGGACACACUGUCGAUCCAGGCAAACCACACCAUUGUCUUGGUUGAGCAAUUCGAUCUCCUGGAUCAGAAAGAUGCGCGACUUGAUAUGCCGGUUUUGCGACGACCCGCGAACUCUGUUGUACUCCCUGUCAAUGAUGUUUUAUUCCAUUUUAACUCUCAGCACGACUGUUAUUCGGGCAACUGCGCCAUCACGGAGGAUAGCCGUCCUGUUCCAAUGGAACGUCUCGACUCAUCCAAAGUCAAAUACACUGUUUCGCAUGCCGAUGAUGCACGAUACAUCAUCAACAUGCAUGCUCUGCACAACGCGCAUGUGCUCCGUGAAGUCUUACCGAGAACGCUCAUUGCCCCCAGCUACGUCGUCGAAGAUCGCGCUGCGCUGCACCGAGAUGCCGCAUCCAAGUUACGCGUGUCAGGGCCAGCGAAGCGAGCGGAAACUGUAGCAAAAUCAAAGGCCACUCGCGCGCGUAAUAAAGCUGCUGCCGACGGCGGCUAA